AAAACUCUCGGGACCGUCGGCACGAUCGCUCGGUGAAACGCACAUACUUUCUCAUAACGCUCAAUUUCUUCUAGUCCUCUCACUGGCCACCCCCGCGGACGUUGUUUGACUUAGUGUGGCCUUUAUUUUUUCUUUUUAAAACCCUGUCCAAUAAAUCAUCAAAAACGGCGUCCAUAUUCUCAGAGGUGUUCAACUCGGAGGACUCGUUGAUCGGACCCAUCGUAAUCGGGUUCGCUGUCAUCGGGUUCUUGGCCACGUUGCUGCUGAUAUGCGACGUGCUCCUCGAGAUCGCAAAGGGAUGUGUGGCACACUUGUUGCCACUGGUGAUGCCCGACCGGACUCCACUGAGUAUCAAGUACGGCAAAUGGGCAGUGGUCACUGGUUCUACAGACGGCAUUGGGAAAGAAUACGCCAAGGAAUUAGCCAAGAGAGGUCUUAACAUCGUAUUGAUUAGUAGGACAAUCGAGAAAUUGAAUAAGAUUGCUACAGAAAUAGUACAAGAGUUUAACGUCGAAGUGAAGGUUAUACAAGCCGAUUUCAGUAAAGGGCAAAUCGUGUUCGAUCAUAUCACCAAGGAAUUAGAUGACAUUGAAAUCGGAAUACUGAUAAACAACGUCGGCAUGCAAUACUUGUAUCCAAUGUACAUGACCGAAGUACCGGAAUCCACUGUAUGGGACUUGGUGAACGUUAACGUUGGUGCUACCACACAUAUGACAAAACUCGUUUUGCCAGGAAUGCAAAAGCGGAAACGGGGAGCGAUCGUAAACGUGUCAUCUAGUGCCGAAUUGCAGCCCAUGCCACUGUUGGCUGUUUACGCAGCUACCAAGUCAUACAUAAAAAGCUUUACAGAAGCACUUCGCAUCGAGUACGAAGAAGACAAUAUUACUGUACAACAUCUUUUCCCGUUAUUCGUAAACACAAAAAUGAAUGCUUUCAGCUACAGAUUACAAGAGACGACUUUAUUCGUACCCGAUGCAAAGAUGUACGCCACGAAUGCCGUGAACACGCUGGGUAUGGUUAACCACUCAACUGGUUACUGGGCCCACGGUAUUCAGCAUUUUUUUAUGAGACUGCCACCAGUAUGGAUAAGAACUUUGGUUGGAGAAUUUAUGACUCAUUCCUUUAGAAGCGACUAUUUUUCUAAAAAAGGUUUAAAAGUAGAAUAAUUUUUUAACCGUUUGUAUGUUACAAAAUCAUUAUUUAUAAAAAAGCAAAAGUUAUAUUUUAACACUUAUGUAUGAAUAAAUUGUAUUAUUAAUUCCUUA